UAAUGAUGCUAUCAAUUGUAAAACAAUACAAUACACAAAAUGAGAGCACCGAUAGUUUUGUUAAGCGUACUGAUCGGGUCAGCCCUGUCCAUACCGUUGGGUCAACUGUUUGAUCCUUUCGGUGCCUUUCUUCAGGGAGAGAUUCUGAACACGAAUCAGGAUUUCCAUGAAUCGUCUGAUUAUUUUUCAUCGAUGAGUGAGACAUUUGCCGCCGCCCUCGAAGAUGAAGAAGUGUUGGCCAAGAAAUUCGCCGAAUUUCAGACCAAAUUCCAGAAGUCAUACGCGACUGAAGAGGAAUCAGAGAAGAGAAUACUGAUAUUCAAAGAGAAUGCGCUGAAAGUAUUUGAGCACAACGUGAAGGCCGCGACCGGCCGUUCCUCUUAUACUCAGCACAUCAGUCAAUUCGCUGACAUGACUACGGACGAGAUCAUCGCUGGUGUGACCGGAUAUUUCCCGCAACAAGAGUACCGUCAACACAAUGCCAGCCAACAGAAUGCGGCCAACAGUCAAAGCCGUGUAGGAAAGGACAGUUGGAUCUACGACUGGAGGUCUACACACGUGGUCACUCCUGUCCAGAAUCAGGGUGGUUGUGGUGCGUGUGUAUACUUUGCGGCGGCGGCCCUAAUCGAGACGGCGUGGGCCCGACACGGACACGAGGCCGUCGUACUCAGCCCUCAGCAGCUCAACGACUGCGCCCACGACGAGGCACGCGGUAACCACGGGUGCGAACACGGGGGCGGCACCUUUGUGCCCACUUUCGACUAUAUCAAGGCCCAUGGUUUAACCAGCAUGCAAAAUUAUCCGUAUAUUGCCAAGGACGCCAAUUGCGACCACAAUAAGGAGUCUCAAGUGGUGGCCCGGAUCAACAGCUGGACACCGAUCACCCCACACGGCAAUGAGGAGGUACUGAGGCAGACCAUCGAGAAGAACGGACCGGCGGCUGUGGCCAUACACGUGAGCGACGGCUGGACCAAAUAUAAACAGGGUGUUUUCGAUGAGCCCUGCGCUGGUGGGCGCAAUCACGCCGUGUUGGCUGUGGGUUAUGGCUAUGACGGCCCCUCCAAUAAGGACUACUGGAUCGUGAAGAAUCAAUGGGGAACGGGAUUCGGUGAUAACGGGUAUAUACUUAUGAGGCGUAAUAAUAACAAUAUGUGUGAUAUCGCCGGCGACGCCGUUUGGGUCGACUAAAUGUGUCGAGAAUUUUGAGUAAAUUAAUGCUGUUUUAAAGUUAAAUAAAAUCAUGUUUAACCAAAUUUAAACACAAUUCAUAUUGAGUUAAGUUUCUUAUUUUGAAUACAGUAUCAGUUGAUUAAUAAUUUACAAAAGUGAAGACAAUCACCUUAUUGUCAACAAAACUACAAAUACUACCCAUAAUUGUGUAUAAAUUGAUUUAAUUGUUGCAAACAUUUUCCAACGGUUAGAGACGCGUUAAAAGUCUUACAAUAAAAUACAAAUUGUACUAAAAAUGAAUAAAAUAA